CAACUUAUCAAGGAUUUAACAGUGAUAACGAUAACGCUAAGCAACAAAACAAAAACCGAGGUUUUAUCGGAAACUAUAUAAGUGUUGGCACGGUAGGAGGUAGAUAUCAGAUAAAUAUAACAGUAAUUUCAAACAGGGGAGCUGAAUAUUAAUUAAUGAGGAUGCUUCGGUUCCUCGUAUUGAUGUGUACGGCCGCCGUAGCCGUGGCCUACUACAACCCUCACUAUGCAUCAGGCAGAACCACUAUGGUGCACCUUUUUGAGUGGAAGUGGAACGAUAUAGCCGAUGAGUGCGAAAGGUUCCUCGGUCCAAGAGGAUUUGGUGGUAUUCAGAUUUCUCCCCCAAACGAGAACCUGAUGAUCUGGUCGCACAACCGUCCGUGGUGGGAACGCUACCAGCCCAUCUCCUACAGGCUCGUGACUCGGUCAGGCAACGAGCAGCAGUUCGCAGACAUGGUCAGAAGAUGUAACACUGCUGGCGUCAGAAUUUACGUUGAUGCCAUCAUCAACCACAUGACUGGAACUUGGAACGAAAACACUGGGACUGGAGGCAGUACUGCUAACUUUGGGCAGUGGCACUAUCCAGGAGUACCUUAUGGCCAAAAUGACUUCAACUGGCCAGUCUGUGUGAUUAGCGGCAACGAUUAUGGAUGCUGCCCUGAAAGGGUACGUAACUGCGAACUCUCAGGAUUAAAGGACUUGAACCAAGGCUCGGAGUACGUGCGUCAGCAGAUUGUCGGUUACAUGAACCACCUCAUUGACUUGGGUGUUGCUGGAUUCAGGAUUGACGCAGCAAAACACAUGUGGCCAGGCGAUCUGCGCAUCAUCUACGACAGGCUAAAGAACUUGAACACCGAUCACGGCUUCCCAUCCGGUGCUCGUCCUUACAUCUACCAGGAAGUUAUUGAUCUUGGCGGCGAAGCUAUCAGCCGAGACGAAUACACUCCUCUUGCAGCAGUCACAGAGUUCAAAUUUGGAAUGGAACUGAGCAGAGCAUUCCGAGGAAACAAUCAACUAAGAUGGCUUGUCAACUGGGGUCCACAAUGGGGUCUACUGGCUUCUGAUGUAUCUCUUACUUUCAUUGAUAACCACGACAACCAAAGAGGGCACGGUGCCGGUGGCGAUAUCUUGACUUACAAAACCGCAAGAGCGUACAAGGCAGCUAUAGCUUUUAUGUUGGCUCAUCCUUAUGGAGAACCCCAGCUGAUGAGCAGCUUCGACUUCACCAACACUGAAGCUGGACCUCCAAUGGACAAUAGUGGCAACAUCAUUUCUCCUUCUAUCAAUUCUGACGGAACCUGCGGCAAUGGUUGGAUUUGCGAGCACCGAUGGCGCCAGAUCUUCCAAAUGGUCCAGUUCAGGAACGUAGCUGGUUCUACCACCCUCAACGACUGGUGGGAUAAUGGCGGCAACCAGAUUGCCUUCUGCCGUGGUGGUCAGGCCUUCAUCGCCUUCAACAACGAGUACUGGGAUCUCAACCAGAACUUGCAGACUUGCCUGCCUGCUGGAUCUUACUGUGACAUAGUGUCUGGCACUAAGAACGGUAACAGCUGUACUGGUAAGACCGUAACUGUUGGUAAUGAUGGCCGUGCUAACAUCAACAUUGGUGCCAACGAUUACGACAUGUUCCUUGCUAUCCACAGAGGCGAUGAUUCACGACUCUAGAGCUAUGCCAGUGACCUGAAAGAGAUGAUGACUAUCUGUAAAUAAGACUCCUUUUACCAUCUGACUCGAGUUAUAAAAAUUGUUGUAUAGUUUAAACAUCGUUUCAUACGAUAAUAAAAGUCAAUUCAAACUA